CGUCUUAAAAGGUUGAUUCUCAAAUCUUGUUAUGGGUUGGAAAAGAUUCACCCAUCAUUUAGAAAUCAUACAAGUCUUGAACACUUAGAGGUAUCAGAUUGUUCCAAGCUAAGGCUUCCAACGAUUAGUCAGAUGAAAAACAUAAAGGUUCUACAAAUGACGUCUUGUAAUCUACAAGAUGGAGAUAUACCAUAUGGUAUUGGUGAAUUAUCCAACUUACAAGAGUUAGAUCUAUGUUUUAACAAAUUUUCACGGCUGGAUUUCAACUUAUCGCAACUUACACGACUCAAAAGUCUCGACGUGUCAUGUUGUGACAAUCUUCUUGAAUUGCCCGAGCUCCCAUCAAGUUUAGCAAUUUUUACAGCAUAUCAAUGCAGGUCACUCACACUUGUCAAAGAUUUUAGCACAAAAUGUAAAAACUUAUGUCAAGUCUCACUUGCAGUUGAAGUUGAAUGGAGUGACAGAUUACUACAAUCCAUGCUUAAGGGAACAAGUAUUGAAAAUGGUUGUAUGCAUCUCCAAUUUAGUGACCUUAAGAUUCCAAAGGGGUUUACACCUCCUUUGCGUAGAGGAGGUAGUUGUAGAUUGGAACUUCCAGAGAAUUGGUGUAAUGACUUCACUGGUUUCUUAAUGUGCUUUGUUACUUCAUAUGCCUUCUACAUGAUUGGGUGUGAUAUAAGUAUGAAGCAGGAAAGUGGUAUGGAUUUCGAAGAUGAUAGGGUUUGGGAGGAGAGUGAUGGUGGUCGUCAUACAUUGGUGUGGUAUGUUUCGUUUGGUUCAUUAAGACACACUACUUGGUAUCAAACACACAACGCGGUUUCUCUUAAAAUUGAAAGUCAUUUCCGUAUACAAGGUCUAGAUCGCUACGAUUAUGGUUUUGGAGUUAGACUCGUUGAGAAGAAAAGUAGAAGUUGUCAAACAGAAACAUCAACAGAUUCUUCUUCUCAUUAUACCCCUAAGAUCAAAAUUCAACAUGACUCAACAUCUGAACUAAAGGUAUCCUUACAUCCAUAUCGUCGGUGGUAAGGAAGUGAAAAUCUGUUGCGCAAGUCUGGAGAUCAAACCUCGGUAACACCUGAUUUACACCAGACAUGUGAUUUAUCUCCAUCAUAUUGGCGUACACGUGAUUUACCGGUCGGUGGGGGACGCCUAGUGGUGACGUACACAAUUUUUUUUCAACAUCUUCACCAAUGUUAUGAACUACCAACAUCAUAAUUUAUUUUGAGCUUCAAAUGUUUUUGAAUUUAUAAAUCAAGCCGGGGUAAAUUUGGGAUGUACAACAAUGGAUUUUUGGAAGCAUAUGAGAAGACAGCUCAUCGGAAGUGAUGCUUGAAUUGGGUUAUC